ACCCAUGGGUGGCAGGGCUGUUCCGGACCACUGCGCUGGGAAGGACGAGCGGAUUUGUCUCUGAUUGGUCGGCGGCGUGCGCGUCCUCGUCGGAUCCUCCCGGUUUUCCUGGCAUGACCUUUUCCCUUGGCAACCACUUCCUCCGAGCAUCUACGGCCAUCUUUAAUUUUAACUCAUUCAUGAAAAGUUAUUUCGCUCACGUAAAGCCACCGACCGACACACUUGUGCACAGAGCAGCACCGACUGCGCCGUGUGCAUGUGGUUUCCAGCGCCAAGCUCCAAACAGAGCACAGCAGCACCGCAGCAGGCUGUCCGCCGAGACUAAGUGAACACCGAAAGCAAUGAGAAAGAAGCAGACUGCCAAACAGAGGAAGACCGAGGAGACUACACUUGUCCAGGAGUUUGUGGUAGAGAAAAUAAUUCGCCGCAGAGUCUCUAAUGGAAGAGUGGAGUACUUUCUGAAGUGGAAAGGCUUCACAGAUGCAGAAAACACAUGGGAACCUGAGGACAAUCUGGACUGUCCUGAACUCAUUGGAGAGUUCCUGAGAACCAACCAUGUCUCAGAGGAGAAUGACGAGGAGCAAACCGAACAAGAGUUUAUUCCCAAAGAAGAACCAACAGAGCAAGAGACGGAAAUUUCCUGUAUGCGGCCUCAGCAGCAGGCUCACACUGUGUCAAAUGACAGCGAUGUCCUCGAGCCAAAUAGCGAGCGCUCAGAUGCCACCACUAACCUCAGCUCUUACCUCGAGCCUGAAUGCAUCAUCGGCUCCACAGACAGACAGGGAGAGCUCAUGUUCCUAGUCAAAUGGAAGAACUCGGACGACGUAGCUCUGUUGCCUGCCCGUGAAGCAAGCGCCAGGUGUCCCCAGGUGGUCAUCGACUUCUAUGAGCAGAAGCUGACCUGGCACUGUGGAGACGAGGAGCAGUGAAGUGUGUUUCUACCGAGAAGAACUGAUAAACAGCUGCGCUCUCGCCUGAAGCUUAGUUUAACCUCUAUCAAGUGUCCUCCUCCAGCUGAUUUUAGAGGCACACGGUGUGAAAUUACAUCGUGCUGCAGGUAGAGUUUCAGACUCCGGCGCGUCCAGAAACCUCAGCGGGGAUGUAUUUAAAUUGCUCUCAGUCCUGCGGUGCUCAUUAAGGUCACUGUGCCUUUAUGGAGACUGUGAUGGAGACUAAAACUAACCUUGGUGUAGAGCAGCUGAUUUGAGGUCAAACUAACAGCUUUGGUCUUGUGUCCUCAUGUAGCAGACAGAAUCACUGUGGACUUAUUGCUGUAUUAGUAACUUAGUAUUUCUGUUUAGCUACCAAGAUCUUCCAAUGGGAGGUGUCCUUAGUUAUAUAGUGUGUGCUUUCUAUCUUGUAUGGUGACACUGUGUAGGCAGACUGCUGUCCAGUCUGUCCGUGUAGCUUUUGGUUAGAACUAAAAACUGUCAACCUUUUGAGUUAUUCGAACUAGUUAUGUGUGCGGUGUUUCACUGUGCCUCUGUGUGACUCUCGUGGUUGAUGUAAAAAUAUUUAAGCACCCCUCCCCUUCCAAUCCGCUGCUAUGUACCAAAUGUUUUCUUCUCAUCUGUGCUAACAAGUUGUUUUAAUUAGUUAUUUGGUGCUUUUACACAAAAUCCUGGCAGAACUGCUCAAAAGGUCAGAAUAUUCCUCAAGUAAAUCCAGCAGAUUUAUUGCACAGACUGAAAAAUCACUUUUGUGCACCUACAGUAGCUAGGACACUUGUUAAAUGUAGCACUUUAGACGCAGUACGAGACUGUACAAUUCUGGAGGGCAUUGUCUCCCAUAGGCCCAUGUGACCCAUGACACCAGUAUCCUGAUGACAUUGUCCUGACUCAACAUAUCUCCCAUGAUUGUUAUGGGACACUCAGCUGAACCUUAAACCUCCUGAAACAAACCUGCUACUGAUCUACAACUGUUGACCAUUGAUCUGUGAAAUCUCUGCAAAUAAAGGAUUUUUAUUUGGUGA